GCUGAACGUAGCGAACCGAUUCCUCUUUACAUGGAUGCAUUACUAAGUGGUGGACGACGAAUAUACGACAAGCAUUCGCCGCCAGUUCAAGAAGCCGAUAAACCCACAAUCGUCCGACUAGCAAUGUACAUCGAGGGAAUGUCAUCAUUCAGAACGCAGACCAUGGAUUUCCAAUUAGACGUCUACUUCCAACAAUUUUGGAAAGAUCCACGUCUGGCUCACAAUGAAACACGACGGGUAUUGGUUCGUGAUAAGGAAGUGCUGUCAAGGAUGUGGCACCCAGAUGUAUACUUCGCAAAUGCACGAACAGCUGAUUUUCAUCAGGUGACACAGCCAAAUUUUUUGCUGUGGAUUGAGCCCGAUGGCUCAAUCCUCUAUGAUACACGCAUUUCAAUGGUUGUCGUUUGCACACUGAAUCUAGAAAAAUGGCCUUUAGACUCACAACGAUGUCAUCUUCGUAUAUUGAGCUAUGCCUACACAACCGAUCAGCUUCAGAUCGAAUGGCUGAAAGAAACACCGAUAACUCGAAAUCCAAACAUCGCCAUGUCUGACAUGCACAUUGUGGACUUAUAUCCAGGUCUUUGUGAUGGAAACUACUCAACAGGAACAUGGAGUUGUGUGACGGCGGAAUUUUUCGUAAAACGUGAAGUAACCCAUCAUGUCAUGCAAUCCUACGUACCUACUACACUAAUCGUCGUCAUAUCGUGGUUUUCGUUUUGGCUUGACGUCGAUGCGGUUCCUGCAAGGGUCUCACUGGCGAUUACCACAUUACUCACUCUUUCUACUCAAGCCAACGCUGCGAGAAUGGCUUUACCUGAGGUAUCAUACAUGAAAGCCAUUGACGUCUGGAUGGGAGCCUGUAUGAUGUUUGUUUUUGGAGUAAUGAUCGAAUUCACAAUCGUCAACUACGCACAACGCCAAGGUUUUUUGUAG